CUGGCUCCUGUGUGUGAGUGAAAAUCAAAGAUGGCUACCCAGUCCAUAAACAAAACCGGCUCCGGAUGGCCGAAGCGUACCAGCCAGGGCACGAUGAACGACAUCAGCAAACCGCAGACCAACCAGUCCAUGACGCUGAAUAGGACGAUCAAUUUGUAUCCGCUGACAAAUUACACAUUCGGCACAAAAGAACCGUUAUUUGAGAAAGAUCCCUCCGUACCGGCCCGGUUCCAGCGGAUGCGUGAUGAGUUUGAUAAAAUUGGAAUGCGACGUUCGGUGGAAGGAGUGCUGCUGGUCCAUGAACACGGUCUUCCCCACGUUCUGCUGUUACAGUUGGGAACCACUUUUUUUAAACUACCCGGUGGUGAACUGAGCGCCGGAGAGGACGAAGUCGAAGGACUCAAACGAUUACUGACAGAGACUCUAGGCCGGCAGGAUGGCGUCAAGCAGGACUGGAUCGUCGAGGACACUAUCGGCAACUGGUGGCGGCCGAACUUUGAGCCACCGCAGUACCCGUACAUUCCGCCGCACAUUACGAAGCCGAAGGAGCACAAGCGGCUGUUUCUGGUACAACUGCACGAGAAGGCGCUAUUUGCCGUACCCAAGAACUACAAGCUAGUGGCAGCUCCGCUGUUUGAGCUCUAUGACAACUCGCAAGGAUAUGGACCGAUAAUAUCCUCCCUGCCGCAGGCUCUGUGCCGGUUCAACUUCAUCUACAUGUAAGGUGCUGCGAAGCAGCCGAGAGGCAGAUGAGAUCUUUUGGAAACCUGGAUUGAUUCUCACGGCUAAAACAGAUCUCCCUCUUUCCCAAUGCGCCCCGUCGAAGGGUAGCUACUUCCGGGAUGUGUAACGAAGGUGGGAUCCAUCUCUAGUGUAUGCGUGUGUUGACAGUGUUAGUAGUAGUGCUGAAUGAUGCGUUGAUUUUUAAGUAAUAGAACCAGAACAAUCUUUCACCCGAUUGGUCAACGCUGCCGGUAUAUUGGACAAACAGCGUUUGAUAGUACGAUCAUAAAUUAAAGUCAAGAGGAAUUGUACGUCUA